AUGAUGCAAUUCAUGGAAGUCAUAGAUAAAAAGGCAACAACUUAUGCAGGAACAAUCCUACAUCAACAGCAUAAUCCAUCAUUCUUCAAAACUAAUACAACUACUGAAGAUAGAGAUAUUGCUAAGCUCUACAACUCUCUUCAGCUUGAAGUAAAGCAUUUAACAAAAGAAAUCAAGGAAAUUUGGACAGAUGACUGCAAGGUGACCCUACACAUUGUAAAGGGGGGCGUACGUGCGUUGUUCCCUGCGACAGGAACCGGGUUGUGGUCGAGGAGUCUUGGGGGUGAAUAUACUGAAACAAUGCCGCGAUACAACACGGCGAAGGACAAUUUAGUAAGGGAAGCGCUAUAA